UUGUCUUUCCCGGGAUGUGAAAAGGGGCCGUGGCUGUUGUACAAGUAGUUGGUUUGGGGCGGGUUAUUUUGGGCAAGUCUGUGUGCAAACGUACCUCAAACGGAGAGAGGGAGCGAAGGAGAGCGCACGGCGCACAGAACAGACGCAGGGAAGAGAGGGUGCACAGAUUUCAGUAGCAUUCAGCUGGUUCUCCGCAAACUGGACGCGCGCAACAGAUCUGUAUGACAAGGGAGACAAACACAAAUUCUUUUAUUGAAAUUAAAACAACUUGAGCGAGCAAACAUUUAACAAUCGAAUGUUUUUUCUCCGACUCACUACGUGGAGAGACAUGCAGCUGCUGAUUGAGGGAGCACGGCGUUUAGUAAAUUAAAUCCGGGAUUGACCUGCACUGCAUUUUGGAGUUAUUUUUGGGAUCCCUGUCUGGCUUCCACAAAAGGGAACCGGGAAAAAUGAGAGGACUAUUUCUGAUUAGGAUGUGGAAAGUUGUGGCUGUUUUAGCGGUGGCAACACAACACGUCACCGGUAAGACACUGAAAUAUCAGAUUCACGAGGAGCAAAAGGUUGGCACGGUUAUUGCUCGUUUAAAGGAAGAUGUCGCAGAUGUUCUGUCUAAACUUCCCAGCUCAGUGUCGCUCCGCUUCAGAGCCAUGCAAAGAGGGAGCUCGUCUUUCCUCGCGGUGCGCGAGCAGGACGGAGAAAUCAGCAUCAGGACCAAAAUUGACCGAGAGAAACUCUGCGAAAAGAAUCUCAAUUGUUCUAUUCAAUUCGACGUGCUGACGCUCCCCACGGAGCACCUGCAGCUGUUUCACGUCGAGGUAGAAGUGUUGGACAUCAAUGACAACGCACCUCAGUUCGCUCGCGCCAUCAUCCCCAUUGAGAUCUCGGAGAGCGCGGCCGUGGGAGCGCGCAUUCCCCUGGACAGCGCCACAGACCCAGACGUCGGGGAAAACUCACUGUACACGUAUGCCUUAGAGCCCAACAACUUCUUCAAGAUUGACAUCCAAUCCAGGACUGACGGAGCUAAAUACGCAGAGCUGGUGGUCCUCAGGGAGCUGGACCGGGAGGUGCGCUCCGCAUAUGAACUUCAAUACACGGCCUCUGACAGGGGCGUUCCCCCGAGAACGGGUUCGACUCUCCUCAAAAUCAGUGUCGCCGACUCAAAUGACAACAGUCCAAUAUUUGACAAGCCAUCGUAUGUCAUUAAUCUCCCAGAAAAUUCACCUGUUGGCACUCUGCUCAUUGACUUAAACGCCACUGACGCGGAUGACGGUACUAAUGCCAAAAUAGUCUACACAUUUAGCAGUCACGUGUCACCCAAAAUAAUGGAGACAUUCAAAAUUAACCCUGACAGCGGCCGCCUGACCCUCAUCAGGCGUGUGGACUAUGAGGCCAUUAACUCUUACGACAUUGACGUUCAAGCGCAGGACAUGGGUCCAAACUCCAUGCCAGCUCACUGCAAGAUACAGGUCAAAGUAGUAGAUGUGAACGACAACAAACCAGACAUCAGCAUCAAUCUCAUGUCCUCUCAGGGGAAUGGGGACGCAGCUUAUAUAUCUGAGGCUUCUCCUUUGGACACAUUUGUGGCUUUGGUGAGGGUGGAGGACUUAGACUCUGGGUUGAAUGGAGAGGUUGAGUGUAAACUUCACGGUCAGGGAUAUUUCAAACUGCAGAAGUCCUAUGAGAACAACUACAUGAUUCUGACCAACGUGUCUCUGGACCGAGAGAAGAGGUCAGAGUUCAGUCUGACGGUGGUUGCAGGGGACAGAGGGACCCCCAGUCUCUCUACUGUCAAACAUUUCACUGUGCAUGUAACUGAUGAGAAUGAUAAUCCGCCGCGUUUUGAAAAGGGCCAAUAUGAGAUCUUUAAAUCAGAGAACAAUGCCCCUGGAGCAUAUCUGACCUCCAUCAUGGCCACUGACCCUGACCUGGACGCCAAUGGACAGGUGAGCUACUCCAUCUUGGAGAACUCUGUUCAUGGUAGCUCCAUCUCAACCUACGUAACCAUUGACCCCUCUAAUGGCGCCAUUUAUGCACUGCGUACCUUUGAUCGUGAGGAUGUUAGUCGUAUCUCCUUUGUUGUGCAAGCCAAAGAUGCAGGGAAACCAUCACGGCUCAGCAACACAACAGUGAUUCUGAACAUCCUGGAUGAGAAUGAUAACCCUCCAGUCAUUGUGGUCCCCCAACUUUGGAACUUCACCGCUGAUGUGCCUGUGUCAAAGUUCACAGAGGUUGGACACUUAGUGACUGUGGUCAGGGCGACUGAUCGUGACACGGGGGUCAACGCUGAGCUCAUUUGUUCCAUCAUCAGUGGCAAUGAAGAGGGCUUCUUCAUUAUUGACCCAAGAACAUGUGAAAUCCAUGCCAAUGCCAGCCUGGAGAACUUCCCCCACGAGCAAGCUGAGCUGACAGUCAAGGUCAGAGAUCAGGGAAGGGAGAGCCUCAGUGCUAAGGCAGCACUUAAAAUCACUCUCUAUGAGAACAUGGAGAACCACGUCCAGGUGAUGAACCAGGGAGAGUCUUCCCUUGAUGUGUCCCUGAUUAUCAUCAUCUCCCUGGGGGCAAUCUGCACCAUGCUCUUAGUCAUCAUGGUGGUGUUUGCUGCACGCUGUAACCGGGAGAAGAAGGACACAAGGAACUCCUACAACUGCCGGGUAGCGGAGUCCACCCACCAGCACCAUCCCAAGAAGCCUUCGCGCCAAAUCCACAAAGGUGACAUCACCCUGGUUCCCACAGUCAACGGCACUCUGCCAAUCAGAGCUCACCACCGCUCACCUUCAACCACGCCCCCUAUGGACCGAGCCCAGAUGGGGAGCCGACAGAAUCACCACAGCCUAGUGACCAUCUCAUCCAAUCACAUUCCAGAGAGCUUUGCUCUGGAACUGGCACACGCAACUCCACCAGUGGAGCAAGUCUCACAGCUUCUGUCCAUGCUCCAUCAGGGCCAGUACCAGCCCAGACCCAGUUUCCGUGGCAACAAAUACUCCCGCAGCUACAGGUAUGCAUUACAAGACAUGGACAAGUUCAGCCUGAAGGACAGUGGCCGUGGGGACAGCGAGGCGGGGGACAGUGACUGUGACAUGGGUCGGGAAUCCCCUGUGGACAGACUGCUGCUGGGGGAGGGCUUUUCUGAUCUGAUACACCUCGAAAUGCACCAUCGACUUCACCCAGCUAUGAGACUGUGCACAGAUGAAUGUCGCAUCCUGGGACACUCUGACCAGUGCUGGAUGCCCCCCCUCUCCUCGCCCGCUUCCUCUGACUACCGCAACAACAUGUACAUCCCCGGGGAGGAGUCCUCCCAGCAGCCCCAGAUCGAUGAUGACCAGUCCUCUGUUGAGUCGGAGCGCCGCAAGAGCUUCUCAACUUUUGGCAAAGAGUCUGGAAGUGAAGAGGUGGGGGCAGGGGGAGUUGUAGCCGGAGGAGGAAGUGAUGCUUGCGCAGCUGGAGGAGGGGCUGGCUCCCUCCUCACAGAGAUGAACUCUGUGUUCCAGCGGCUCCUCCCCCCUAAUAUUGACACGUACGCUGAGUGCACUGAAACAAGCCCACCCUCGUCCUCAUCCACCACUGAGAGAGGAAGCGGCCGUGGUGGCAACAUUGCAAGUAACAAUGCUGUUCCUCAGGACAACCGGAGAGGGUUGUUGCCAGGUGGGAAAGGUCCUGCUUAUCCCCCAGGUGUGGCUGCAUGGGCAGCCAGUACCCAUUAUCUAAAUCCUGGAAGUGGAUCUGUGGGAACCAAUCAUGUCCCCUCUUCUUCCUCAUCCUCCACUUCCACUUCUGCCUCCACCAACGGACAGCUGCCACACCUCAAAUGGCUGCCAGCUAUGGAAGAAAUCCCAGAGAAUUACGAGGAAGACGACUUUGAUGGCGUCUUCCAUCAGGGUCACCAGGGUGGCAAGCGCAGUGAGAACCGCCAUGAGGCUGGCAUGGAUGCUAGUGAGCUGGUCCAUGAGAUCAACAAAAUGCUGCAGGAUGUCCGACAGAACUAGAGAGAGAGAAAAAGACAAGGCAUAGCAUGGUUUCACAUUUCACCACAUUCUGGCAAACGCUUGUUCUUUGUGCCAACAUAUGUAAACUUUAUGAUGACUGUUUUCUUGUUCACUGUAAUGCUUGUGUUGUUUAUUUUACCAAAUAUCCUCUUCACCACUCAGCACUGAGAGACUCACAGAGAAAAGUAAAACACGGCACUGAAGUUGUGAUUGAGGAGACUUUAAGGCAUCAAAGCAAGCGCGUGAAGAACAGAUUGCUCAGUUGUUAUUACACUCUCUCUGAAAGUUGCCUGAAUGGAUGAUUUCAAACGGAAAUCCACCAACAAAAACUGUACCCUUUCUUCAUUUGUGAUGUUUACAGCAGUGUGAACACACUCCACAGGGAGGAACCAACAGUGAUCUAAUUUCCACUUUUACAGUGUACAAUAUUGUACAGUGCCUGUUGAGAAAGCCAAACUCACUUGAAUAUUGUGCUGUCUCUUGUUUUGUUAUAAUGGAAUGUAACUGUACAAUUUAACCUUUGUAUUUAAAGAAAACACUCUUUUUUACUUCUCUAUAUUUAUAUGUGUCAAUGUAGGUUUGUACAGAAAAAGAAAACAAAUGUCUAUUUUUUUAUAUUUGUCACUGCAUGUCUGAAUAUCAUUUAAUGUGUGUCUUACUCUGCCCUGUUUAUUUUAUAAAAACACCUGUAUUUAAUUUUGGUAUUGAUUGUGUGUGUGUGUGAGUAUUAAAAAUUACCACAUUACAAUGCAGUUCCAUGUUGGAAGUUGGUUUUGUAUGGUAACAUUGUGACCAUUGAUGAUAAAUAAAGUGGAGGGAUUCAU